AUGGAUGACCAUCAAGACAAGAUCGCCACUUUAGCCGACGGGAGAAAGGUUUCAUAUGCUGUUUAUGGAGCACAGGAUGACGAUACACCCACUUUCUUCUAUCUCCACGGCUUUCCGGGGUCUCAUCAUGAGGGAUACGUGAUGAAUACCACUGCGGCUCAAUAUGGCCUACGCGUCAUUGCGCCGACGCGACCAGGGUAUGGCAACUCGACAUUCCAGAAGAACAGAAAAAUACUCGACUAUCCAAAAGAUAUUCUUGAGCUAGCGAAUAUUCUAAGCAUCAAGAGAUUCGCCGUGUUGGGCGUCUCCGGUGGUGGACCCUAUGCUAUCGCUUGUCUCAAAGACCUUCCGCCAGAUCGUCUGGUAGGCAUCGGCACCGUCGCUGGCGUCAUGCCAAUGUCUUUCUCAACACAAGGGAUGCUUACAAUGACACGACUCAUGUUCAACGUAGCACCUCACGCUACAGGAAUCGUAGGCUGGAUCACCGAUAGAGUAUUGGGAAGCACAGCGCGAGACACCAAACACCCUGAGAAGUUGGAGGAGAUGAUGGAUAAAGACAUAAGUGCCAGAUCAGCAAGCGACAAAGAAGUUUGGGAGACGAAUCCAGACUUUAGACAGUCUCUAAGGCGAGCUACGAGAGAGGCUAUGAAACAAGGCGGCUAUGCAACUGCAUGGGAAGCACGAUUGUUUGGAAGUGAUUGGGGGUUUAAGCUGGAGGAUGUCAAGGUUGAGAAGGGAAGGAUGAUAAUGUGGCAUGGAGAUCUGGAUGUCAAUGUUCCGAUUGCAGUGUCUGAGAAGGCUAUCAAGCUCAUGCCUGGUGCAGAGCUUAAAGUCAUGAAGGGGGAGAGCCAUAUGAGUUUAAUGGCCAAGGCGGAAGCAUUCAUAGUGGCUAUGAAGGAUAUGCUAACCAGAUCAGACCCGGGGCCGAAUCGGAAGUCAGAGAACUAAAUGCGUUGCUCUAGAUAGAUUGAGUGAAACCAAAACUACA